AACUCUGAGAUAAGAGAAGGGUAGAUGUCUGCUUUCAUAUGUAAGGUUAGGAGCGAUGAAUGCCUAACCGAGCUCUUACUUCAGGGGAGUUCGUUGUUGUUUCGCAUGUGAGACCUGUCUUGUGUCUCAGGCGGGGUGCCGGGUUCGCAAGUCAUCGCCUAGCGCCCUUUUCUGCGCGGACCUGGGCUGGAGCAAGCGCCUCGCCUCUGUGCGUCCACUGCCUGCUGCACACCGGGUGGAGAACCCAGGUGUGGGACACUGCUAACAACCACAGAUGUGAAGACGCCCCCCAGCCCCCCAGAUCUAUUGAUGGGGCUUCGAAGCAACAGAUACAACGGAAGAGCUGAAACGGGGAAGCCGUCCCUGGGCGCCAGGUCCAGGCGCUGCUGGAAGGCCGUGGGAGGCACGGGGGUAGGGAGAGCGGGGGGCGGAGGGGCAGCUCCCAUCCCUCCGGCGGGGGGGCAGGCGCGGCCGCCAUCGCCGCCCCGGCGCGGUCCCGCCCCCCGCUUGCAGAGGCCGGAGCGGCGGCGGGGAUGGCGGCGGUGGCUCCGGCACGGGGUCGGGUGCUGUGCCUCUUCGACGUGGACGGGACCCUAACGCCGGCUCGGCAGAAAAUCGAGCCGGAGGUGGACGCGUUCCUGCGGGAGCUGCGGGAGAGGGUGCACAUCGGCGUGGUGGGAGGCUCCGACUAUGCCAAGAUAGCCGAGCAGCUGGGGGACGGGGAUGAAGCCAUUGAAAAGUUUGACUACGUCUUCGCAGAGAACGGCACAGUGCAGUAUAAGAAUGGGCAGCUGAUCUCCAAGCAGGCUAUUCAGGACCACUUGGGGGAAGAGCUGCUGCAGGAUCUAAUCAACUUCUGUCUCAACUACAUAGCCCUGCUGAAGCUGCCCAAGAAACGAGGAACCUUCAUCGAGUUUCGCAAUGGGAUGCUGAACAUCUCCCCCAUCGGACGGAGCUGCACCCCAGAGGAGCGCAUUGAGUUCUCUGAGCUGGACAAGAAAGAGCGCAUCCGGGAGAAGUUUGUGGCAGCCUUGCAGAGGGAGUUUGCUGGCAAGGGCCUGCGUUUCUCUCGAGGUGGCAUGAUCAGCUUUGACGUCUUCCCAGAGGGCUGGGACAAGCGCUACUGCCUCAAUGUACUCGAUGAUGAGAGAUUUGACACCAUCCACUUCUUUGGGAAUGAGACAAGCCCUGGGGGGAACGAUUACGAGAUCUACGACGACCCCCGCACAGUGGGGCACAGCGUCCAGUCCCCGCAGGACACGGUCCGGCGCUGCCGGGAGCUCUUCUUCCCAGAGAGAGCGAAUGAGUGCUGACUGCUAAGUCCCCACAGCCCUGCCCCAGCCCCACCCCCUACCCCCGCCAGGACAAGCACCUUCACUUGAGGAAUCUGCUCAGGGUAGACUGCACAAAAAGCCACUUUCCAGAGCGGGUCAGGAGGUACCGAGUGAGUGUGGGUGGGUGCGCAGGAGGAUGCUUCUGCCCAGCACCCCUGUGACACUCCAUGGAUACGGUUUGGGCUUGAGGGGCCUCCUCACCUCCAGAAGAACUUCCCUCAUGACAGUUCAGGCCACAGUGGGUGGCAGUGCCGAUGCUUUCUUGGCCAGAAAGCAUCUGAAAGGGCCAGUCAUGAAAGUGUGUGUGCCCAUCCUGCACUCCCUCCCCCCUUCAGUUUUGCAGUCUCCCUGCACCAGGGAAUGUGUGGCUCACCUUCCUCUCCCCCUUGCACCUCUGCUGGGGCUUCUCAGUCCCCAGGCACUCUCUCACCAGAGCUACACUGCACUGAGAGGCCAGCAAGGCUGUUUGCUCCAAGCUCGUGGUAGGAAAGGGUAGCAGUGACUCGUUGCAGUGAUGUGCAUCCUAAUGGAGAGGAUCACCGAGUCCUUUACCUCUGUGCCACACCAUGCCAGUUCCUACAGCUGAUCUGGGAAAGAGUUUAAACACGAUUCUGCUCCUGCUCUGAGCUUUGCUCAGGUGCCUGAAGAAACUAAUCCUCUCUUUAGCUUACAAAAGAAAUGACUGCUGUGGGUGUGUUUCCCGUGUUCUGCAGAAGCUGGUAAAUGAGACCUUGCUUGGUGUGUGCUGAGCAUCCUGCAGAGCCACUGGGGCAGAAGAUUUCUCAGGGGUUUUCCCACUUGCAUGUCCAUUAGGUGUCACAGAUGUGUCACUGUAAAAUCUUACCCAGGACAGUCUUAACAGACUGAGUCUCCUUCCUCGCCAGCGCUCAGCUUUCCAUCAUGCUGCCAGGGUCAUUCUCAGAGAGGGCUGGCACAGGCCAGACCUGGCUUCCCAUGCAGAGGUACAUACUCCACGGUGCUCUCCAAGCUUGCUUUCCACUCCACCUCAUCCCACACACACUUCACACGGUCACCUUUAGGGACACAGGUUCUCCAGUGUAGAUGUCCUGUGUCAUCUUGCUCCUCUCUUCUGCUAGGUCUCUGUGGGCUGCAAGCCCACAUCUGUUCUUUGAGCCUUGACCUCCUCCCUCGCACUGCCCCUUUAUUCCCAGCGGUUCUAGAAUCUUGUAGGCUGUAAAAGACCUUUAAGAUCAUCAAGUCCAAACAUUAAUCUAACACUACCAAGUCUGAUCUUUGUUAUUCUGGGCUGUGUGACCACAGCAGUGAUGCUAGUCACAACUUGGUGCUCAAGAGGAGCUCAGGGAUCCCCACCCCAGGAGAUGUCCUGCUUGUAGCUCCCAGGGCACUCGUUUGUUGUGGACCUGAAGGGUGCCAGAGAUCCCUGCAGCCCCUUCCCCACAUUGCUCCCUGAGAGCCUUUCUCAUGACACCCUUAUUGAUAUGGCACUACUCCAUCUCUUGUUUUCUCUCCUCUUUUUGUCCUGUUCCUGCUUUCCUCAUCAUUACUUUUCACCUCCUACCUAGCAGCUGGACUGCAGAGGGAAGUUUGUCAGCUGGCUACUGCCACUUAACCAAAGAGCCAAGUUCUUCAGACGAGGGACACUGGUGGUUUUGGACCCAGGCAGGCUUCCCAUCUUGCCAUGGGCAGAGUUUUGAGUGGACCUUGGCACUACUUGCUGGCCACAGGAGCAGGGGCACUGCAUGACUAGCACUGGUGGAGUGCUGUUUCCUCCACCUGACCGCACCUCUUCACUCUAGAACACAUCAGGUCUGUAAUGCAUCACAGUUGCAAGAGUGCAGUGGUCUGCCCAGCAGCUGGAAAUCCCCAGAAAAUGCACUAAUUCCUCCUACCCAGAGAGGAUUUCUGUGUGGGAGAAGAGGACCUGAUGGGGAAGCCUGGAUGCAGGGCACCCUGUUCACAGCCCACUGUUUUUGACCCUCCACCACAACCUUCAUGGAGGAAUUUGUGUGUUUUGUGAUUCCUCCUCUGUUUCACUGUGGAUCAGAUUAUUAGUGUGCUUUAAGGGGAUUGUUUUUCCUCUACAUCUAAUCAAAGUUAGCAGGAGCUGUAGCAAGCUUAGUGGUGGGUGAAGACUAGGGCCUGGCCCUGAAGGCAGGAGACACUACAGUGGCCUUGGGGAGCUGAGCUGACCUGCGUGUUUGAAAGAAAGAGCAGGCUCUGUCUAAGGCUGCUCCUGAUGGCAGCACGUCCCUUGCUCAGGGUGGGUGGGUGGAGCAGCAGGGCAGGCAGGCCAGAGGCAGGGAUGAACUGCUGCUGGAGCAGCCCCGAGGUCUGAAUUACAGAAUGGCUGAGGCUGAGGGGACCUCCAGAGGUCACACUGCUGCUGAAGUAGGGCCACCAGGAGCCCCAGCUGCCUCCCCUGAGGCGCUGGGAUGGGAGUCCUACACCUAGGGAAAGAUGCAGACCUGCCCCUGAGACCCCUUUGCCAUGAUGCUCCUGUCCUGGGUGGGUGUCCACGGUGUAAGUGGGAGUUUCUCCCCACGUGGGUGUGGACGAGCAGAUGUGGCAGGUCCUGCGCUGGGCCAUAUGGCUCCGUGUCUGUGUGAGGUGCAUGGCUCCAGUCUGGCUGAUAGCAGCUGUCAAGUAAGAACUGUAUUUAAAUGCACCUGUGUGGAUAUCAAACACAAUAAAAGAAUCCUGUGAAAGCCACAA